AUGGCGAUACGCGUAAUCCAGGACAAAGGCGGCGAGAACAGGUUCGACGAGCGCAGAAUCCAGCUCCGCGCAAAUGAAGCUCGAUUGUCGCAAGAAACCAAGGCGCUGUAUUCUGAGGUCGCUUUCUUGAAAGGUCUGCUGACUCAAAACGGCAUUGCCGUACCCGAUAGAUCAAGAGUAGGACUUGCUCAACAGGAAGAGGGAGCGAACGUGGAGAUUGAGAAGAGGAUCGCUCUAACCGUUGGGCAAGAAGAGAACAAGAAAAAGAACCGACGGAAACAGAUAUACGCACAGCAAGUGUCUCAGCAAUCGUUACGGUACACAUCCACCACGGGCUCGCCUGGUGGCUCUGCGAUAUGCAUGGGUAACAUGGACCCAGAGUUUGUUGGGAUGGACUUCGUCUUGACAUCCGACACAGAUACUUCUGCUUCGACCGGCCACGCCUUGACUGUCUCAGCAUGCCUCUUUCAUCUCCACCCUUCACCACCUGGGCAACGACAGUUCUCUCCUUCGACUUGGGAGGUUCCACAUGCGAGUAUCGACCAGCUUCUAGCACUGUCUAGUUAUGUUCCGCUUCAAGACGGCGAAGUCACGCCAGUACAGGCGUGGGAUUAUAUCCGGCGACAAGAGGGAUUUGCGGGACUGGAGGCAUACAGGUGGGACAGCUUGAAAGAGAAGUUGGUGGCAUUAGUGCGGUGUUAUGGCUUCGGUGGUGUGGUUGAGAGAGAAGCUUUUGAGAACGCCGUGUUUGAGGCUUUUGUGGUUGGGAGGGUGUUCUGA